AUGCAAUGUUGUUUACUACUGGACAGAUUCCAGCUCUGUUAUAAUCCCUGCUCGGACAGCCUUCACUCAUCCGAAAGUGCACUGGACACUUCUAAUACCUCAACUAAGGCAACUGAUUUUAGUCCAAGCCCAAAAGUUAAUGGUCUGUCUCAUUUGGAUGAUGGCCCCCAACUGCAGAAAGCAGGUGCUAAUAUUCAGUGCUCAGGGACUGUUAAAGUAGACAUCCCACCUACACUGGUUACUUGUGGUGUUACGAAAUCUGAAAAGGAUUUCAGUGAGAAGCCAAUAGCAGAGAUGGAUUUUCAACCAGCUCUCAGCCUAUCCUUGCCUGUAGCUCAUUCUGCUCCAUAUACAAAAGAUGAAGAAAAGACCAUUUCUGUUGAUAGCAACAUGGAUGACAUGUACCGCCAAGACAAGAAGACCAUGUCUUCAAAAUCAACAACUGCUUACAAUGUGACCCUUAAAAACGAUUCAGCCGACAUGACUGCAGUUGCUGAUGAAAAAGUUUCAGAAGAAAGCAAUUCCAAGAAUUAUUCUGAAGCUUCUAAUUCCCAAAAGUUUUCUGGGUGCCAGUCUAAGACAAAGACAGCGAAAAGCUCUGGCGUGUCCAAUAUUUCCAAGUUGCUUGCCUACUGUUCUCCUUGUCAGGUAGUUGUACAAGAUUUCUUCAAAGAACUUAAUAUUGACUUACUUGAACUGUCCCGUAACUUUCCUGUUCGCCAUGGUCACAGGAAGCAACUGAAAAACUCCAAGUCUGUUCAAACCCCAAUCCAUGUUGAGGAGCAGAUUAAAAACAAUUCAUUUGAUUCUCACAACCAAACUAAACAGGCAAAGGGCUACACAGAAAAUAGCAAAAGAAGAAAAAAGCAUCUGCCACUUGUGUCUGAAAGUUUGAAUAACCCAGUGGAAGAUGACGAUGAGGAUGAAGAAGACAAUCUCCCCUUACUCUCUGUUCGCAAUAAUCUCACUCAGGGCGGAAAUACUGCUGCAGAUACAGGAAAAUCAAGCGCAGAAGAAAAAUUCAAAUCUGAUGGCAAUGAGACGACAACCAAGGGAGAAAACUUUAAACAAACCAAGGGAGGUAAUUCUGAUGCAGUUACUGAAGUAAGGGCAUUGACCAAUUCCAUGUCUUCUGAUGUACCUGUGACCACUCCAAGCAAUCCAGAAGCAGCCAAUCCAUUUCAGAAAAUGGAACUACUUCACGUUUCCCCAACAGUAAAUAUCAACGAUUCCAAUGACUUGGGAUUAAAAAUUGUCAGUGUCUCUUCACAGGGAUCAGUAUUUUUUCCAGCAUUUACAAGUGAUAACUCCGAAAAUAUUGUUUUUAAUCACUCGGACACAGAUUCCAAGUUAAAUGGACAAUUGGACCCAACUUGUGGAAAUUCUACCACCAAACUUCCUCCUCCCAAAUGCAAAUUCCAUGGACUCAACAGUUCUCCCGUUCAAAAUCUUUACAAAUGCAAAAAAUGCGGACUGGAAGUGAAGAGUUUGAGUGAUAUCCAAGCUCACAUGGCUGGCUCUCACUCUGAAUUCUGCAUGUACCGCUGUCCGUUUUGUGUCCCCCCUCUUCCUGUUAAACGUGUCGGCGUUUACAACAGCAGACCUAUUGAGUUUGAAGUGCUUCGGGAAAGUAGCCGUAAGCUUAUGGCCAGUCCGUCAUCACCGAAAACAACCUCGUCGGCUGUGUCUGCAAAAAGAAAAAUGCCUCGACACAUCCGUAUCCAGCGUGAAAAGAGACGCAAGCUCAACUACUAUUACCGCAACCAACGAGAGAUAAAAAAGUAUAAAAACGAAAAGAUGUCAUAA